UCAACCUUCGAAGCUCUUCAAUCCCGGCCAUGGCUUCUCCUUCUCGGCUACCUUCCAACUUUCUCCCGCCUCUUUCUCUUUUGUUUACUUUCUUCAUACAAUCGGUUCGAGUUUCUUCUCAACGAUCGCUCCUCUUCUUCUCAUUUUGAGGAUUUCGAUAAUAAUCGCCGGCCGGUCAGGUAGAAAUGUCGAUUACUUCCUGUCUUCGGCUUCCAUUUCCCGCCGUUCAAUCGGCAGGAAGAAGCCUCGAUUUGUCCCAGCGGCAUGUGUCUUGCCUGCGGUCUACUGUCGAGUCGCUUCGGCUGCGUCGUCACUCGCUUCUUCGUACUAGAUUAAGAACUAUUUCCACCAGCUUCUCGCGGAGGCCGGUAGAGUCUUCUGUGUCUGGACAAGAGAAAGAAAUCGAGGAAUCGGAAGAGUACGAAUUGGAGAGGCUGUUCUCCAACCUUAAUCAAGCUACAUUCAAGCGAGAACCUGGAAGUUUAUCCAGCGCGAUUUUCUUGGUGGCUGGGACUACUAUUGGUGCUGGGAUCCUCGCCAUUCCUGCUGUAACUCAAGAAUCCGGAUUUCUAGCCUCAGCUAUUACGUGCACAUUUUGUUGGGCGUACAUGGUUGUGACAGGACUCCUAAUUGCUGAAGUCAAUGUGAACACCAUGUGUGAACUGGGUUCUGGUGGCGUGUCUCUGGUAUCGAUGGCCAUGAGAACUCUUGGGACAGUUGGAGUUCAAGUUUCUUGCUGGUCAUACAUUCUCAUUCACUACGCCCUUCUGAUUGCUUAUGUCGCUCGUUCUUCCGAUAUCUUGACCACUUUUCUCGGCAUUCCCUUAUGGGAGAGUGCAACCCUGUUCUCUUUGAUAUUUGGAGGCAUAUGCUACUUUGGAAGCCAACGUUCUAUUGGUGCUAUCAAUGGGGCCCUAGUAAUCGGAAUCAUCAUUUCCUUUGUAGGUCUUGUGGCAGUCGCGAGUGGAGGCCUACAUUGGGAUGCUCUCCUUAAAGCUAAUUUCGAAGCUGUUCCUAUGAGUAUACCUAUAAUUGCCCUUUCAUUUGUUUACCAGAAUGUGGUGCCAGUACUCUGUACAAAUCUGGAAGGAAAUCUGGCAAAAGUAAGGACAUCCAUUGUCAUUGGCACUGCGAUACCUCUGGUUCUAUUUCUCGUCUGGAAUGGUGUCAUCCUAGGGACUAUUUCAAACCUUGAUAUGGGAUCAGAUAAGAUAUUAGACCCAUUACAGCAAUUGAGAUCAACGAAUGGAGAUGUAGGACCUAUAGUGGAAGUAUUUUCUCUUUUGGCGAUCGCAACAUCCUACAUUGGAUUUGUUUUAGGAUUGUCUGAUUUUCUUGCUGACUUGCUAAAACUACCAAGUGGGGAGAACAGACCUUUGCCAUUCAUUUUGACAUUAGUUCCACCGCUCAUCUUAUCAUUGAUUGACCCUGAAAUAUUUUUCAAAUCACUGGACGUGGCUGGAACAUAUGGGGUGUUGCUGCUUUUUGGAAUUAUUCCAGCUGCAAUGUCGUGGUCGGACCGGUAUUCAAGAUCUCCCCCGUCCGUGAAACUACCAAUGGUGGUUCCCGGAGGAAGGUUCACUCUCUCACUCGUGAUCGGAGGCGCUGGAUGGGUAAUUUUCUCAGAACUAUUGGAGAACUUUGGACAUCUAUGAACUUGGGAAGGUUAUGCUGCCACUUUCAAACCUUUCUUUUUGAUAAUCCAACAAAAAUGUUGAACUUCACAGCUCUUUAAUCAGCCAUAAAUAAUUCAGUUCACUCUUGA